AUGAAAAUUAAAGUGAAAGAAGUAUUGAAGACACUUGAAAGUGACCAUGUGCCUACCCUAUCCCAUAAAGAAUUGUUCUUAGCUACCACUGAUUUGUUACCAGUCAGUGACGAAAAGAAAACAUGGGACUCAUGGACAUUUGUCGGUUUCUGGGUAGCAGAUUGCUUCAAUUUGAAUACAUUCCUCCUCUUCAAUGAUAACAGCGGGACUUAA